UUUACCAAGAACUAGAUAUUGUGCUUAUUGUAGUUAUAAUUUGUAUUUUUGUUUAAACGGACGUGACCAGUUUUGCGUUGCUGUGUGUGUGUGUGUGUUAAGAAUCAGUUCCAGUAUGCGUCUAAGAACUGCUGAUGAAGGAGGACUGCGCGAAUCCGCCGGCGUCGUUAAAGUCUAACAUUUGAAACAUUCGCAUCGGUUCUUAGCAAAGUGGCCGAGAUUAUUCGGGUUUAUCAUAGAGGAUGCGAGAGGUUCAGGAUUGAGAGACACGGAUCCGGUUUCGGCUCUGUCUCUGUCUGUGUGUGUCUCUCAGCCAUGUUCGCCAUGGAUUGAAUUUUCCGAUUGGGAAUAACAUGGAAUAACAUGUCGAUGUUUAUUUCUCGGAGGUGCGAAAUAACAGCAUCGGGGCACACCGGUAGAUCACCAUGGCUAUGGGGACAAAUCAAAGGGUAAAGUUGCCUUGGGCCAAAAAAUGAGUUAUAGGAUAACCUGCCCUAAGCUUGAGGAGGAGGGUGUUUUGUGGCGCAUGAACCCAGCAGCAGAGCCUCAGAAAUGCAGCUGUCUGAUCCAAAGGGAUGCUUAAUUAUUACCAUCUAUUUACCUGUUAGCCAUCCAUCCUAGAGUGCAGGUGGGAGGUAAUUGGGAUUUAAUUGACAGUCCUUGAAGACAAGCUGGAACCUAUGGCACAGCAGCUGUACAAUACAGGCCCCUUUUUAUGAAUCGACCAUGGACCGUGUGCUUUGGCAGCUGCUGGUCCUGGUUAUGACUGCAGUGGUUGUUCAUGCAUGCCCCAAAUACUGUGUGUGCCAGAAUUUGUCUGAGUCUCUUGGGACACUGUGUCCCGCUAAAGGCCUUUUGUUUGUACCAACUGACAUCAACCGGCACACAGUAGAGCUCCGUCUAGGCGGAAACUUCAUCUUGCGCAUUACGCAGCAGGACUUUGCCAAUAUGAGUGAAUUAGUGGAUCUGACACUGUCACGCAACAGCAUCAGUUCCAUCCAGCCGUUCUCCUUCGCUGACCUUGAGACACUGCGCUCGCUGCACAUGGACAACAACCGACUGUCUGAAUUGGGACCAGAUGAUCUACGGGGACUUGUAAACCUUCAGUACCUAAUUCUAAACAAUAACCAGCUACGCCGCAUCUCUGAACAUGCCUUCCAGGACUUGGUGCCAGCAAUUGAGGAUCUUGAUUUGUCAUACAACAACCUGCAAACGCUUCCUUGGGAUUUAGUGCGUCAGAUGGUCAACCUACACCAGCUCACUCUGGACCACAACUUGUUGGAAUACAUUCCUGAAGGUACUUUUGCUGAACUGGAAAGACUUGCACGUCUAGACCUGACAUCCAACCGUCUCCGAAAGCUUCCCCCAGACCCAAUUUUUGCUCGGGCACAAGAUUCAUUGCAGGAAUUUUUGCAAGUCUCUACACCAUUUGCACCACAACUUUCACUUAGCAUCGGUGGCAAUCCACUGCAUUGCAAUUGCGAGAUGCUUUGGUUUCGAAGACUAGAGCGUGAAAAUGACUUGGAAACUUGUGCUUCCCCUUCAAAUUUAAAAGGCCGUUACUUCUGGACCAUAAGGGAAGAUGAGUUCAUAUGUGAGCAACCGCUUAUCACACAACACACACACAGGAUGUUGGUUCUAGAGGGUCAAACAGCCAGCUUGAGAUGCGAGGCCACUGGAGACCCGACUCCCACAAUUCACUGGGUAGCCCCUGAUGAUCGUCUCCUCAGCAACUCCUCUCGGAUUUUCCUAUAUGGCAACGGCACACUUGUGAUUACCAUUACUACAUCAAAAGACUUUGGCACAUUCACAUGUAUUGCUGCCAAUGUUGCCGGUGAAUCCACUGCUUCAGUGGAACUUUCAAUCAUCCAGCUGCCCCACAUAAGCAAUGGAACAGGACAACCCAAAACCCGCCUCUCGGAUAUCACAGGGACCUCAAAGGCCACACCCAAGAGCCAACCAGAAAAGGACAAGCCAGUUUGGGUUUCCGAGGUGACCUCAGACUCUGCCCUUGUCAGAUGGUCUAUCAGUAAGGCAGCACCCAAAGUGAAAAUGUACCAGCUGCAAUACAACUGCUCUGAUGAUGAAGUGCUCAUUUACAGGAUGAUCCCUGCUUCCAGUAAGGCAUUCCUAGUAAACAACUUGGUAUCUGGAACCCGCUACGAUUUGUGCAUCUUGGCAGCCUGGGAUGACUCGGCCACUACACUGACAGCCACCAGCAUUGUGGGUUGUGUUGAAUUCUUUACAAGAGAUGAUUACCCACAAUGUCAUUCUUUGCAUGGGCAGCUACUGGGCGGCACUAUGAUCCUGGUGGUAGGAGGUGUGAUCGUAGCUACCUUGCUUGUCUUCAUUGUUAUCCUAAUGGUGCGCUACAAGGCUGGGGAGGGAGGGACAUUGACUGCAGUUGGGGCUGACCUUCCUGUUAGCAAGCUAAGCGACACUGGUGAUACCUAUUCGCAGACCAACGAUGGAUGUCUGGGGCAGAAUGGAGUCUUCAUGCCCCCUUCAAAUUCCAAAGCCAAACUUAAGUCCAAACCCAAGGUAAGUCUACGAGAUGAGGUGGUGGAGUUUAAAUGUGGCUCUCUCCAGAAUAGCAUGAGCUCUUUAUCCUCAUCCUCAUCCUCCUCUUCUUCUGGUUCUGUGAAUGCUUUGCACCCCUGCAGUCCGAACAGUGCUUUGGCCAACAUCUGGAGGUCAGCUCAUCUCAAACCAAGAGGAAAUCUGGACCAACUGUUGGGGGCCAUCAACUCUCUAGAGAUUAAGGGUCAGGUGCCAUUGGGAAACACCAAAUCUGGCCGUGCAAUAGCAUCAACAGUACCCCCUAAUGAUAAGGAGCCUCUGCUGGGCCGGACACUGGACUCCAAAUUCAGACGGAGUCACUCGUUUGACGCUGGUGAAUUUGCACCAUCAAUUAGUGGAGUCUGGACCAAACGUAGCCUCUCCAUCAAUGGUAUGUUGCUCAAAGAUGACACGGCUAGCAGCAGAGGCACUCUAGAAGGCUCGGAGUGGGUGAUGGAAAGCACUGUCUAGAUUGUGUACAAUAUCUUUAAGCUGACACCCUGCCCUUGUAUCAAAUAAAGUCAAGGGAAUAAAGCCUCUGUUUUACCAUGCAUGGAAUUACAUAUCUGUUCAUCGAAUAUUACAACAUAUAUUCACUAUACAAUGUGCUGUAUUGGACAGACAGUUAUAAGCUCUAUGUUCUGGUGAAUAAGUGCAUUUGUGUGGGUGUGUGUGGGUGUAUUCAUGUGUGUGUGUGGCAUAAGAUUGUAUGUGUUGAGCAGCUUCUAAGCCCUUAUAAAUGAGAAAGUUCAGGUCAUAUACCCUUGGGAUUUUGCUAUUCAUCAGGGCCAUUAGAGUGUGACCAGAUACAUGACUGUUAAAUGUCAGCUAUUUAAAAAAAAAACACACACAGACAAAAAAAAACUGCCAAUACUUUCUGCAAAUUCAGUCUGUAUAGAAAUUAUAUCUGUGGUACAAAUAAUAUUUAUAAAUUAAAUGAAGUUAAAGUUUAUAUUUUUAUCUCAACAGUGUCAUACCUCUCUUUCUCAAAGAGAAGAGCUAAAAAGUCAGAGAUUUCAUACUUUUUUUUUCCUCCCUACUUUUUCUUCUUUUUAUCCCACUCAUGUCCUAAAGGAAUCAUCUGUAAAAAGCAGAGUUUGAAAGUAUGUGUUGAAAGAUUCACAGCUCUUUGAUUUACCUUUUCACAGAAUAUUAAAGUGUAAAAUACCAUUACAUUUUUGUCACAUAAAGGAGCUGAAAAACGCCACAUAUUUUUUGCCAUAGAAAUAAUUUCUAUGUAUAUUAAUGAAUUGUUAAGAACGUCUAAUGAAGUCCUGGAAUCAAGCCAAGAAACACAUUUUUUGUGACAUCCUGUACAAUAAAAUUUCCUUUGUGCAUUCACACAGCUACAAAUGAUGCCAUAUCCACAAGAGAAGUCUACAGUACAUAUGUUUGGGAAAGCUAUAAUUAGAGAAAUCAAGACAAUGAUCAUGCUUUUAAAUUUUAAAUUAAAUAUUUGUCAUGUUAAACGUGUCAGAGCUACUGUCAUGAGCCAGUGAGAGAUAACUUCAAUGCCAGUCAUCUCAAUCUAAUUAUACGUGUCAAAAGGAUGUGUGAAAAUUUCAAAGGCCAAAUCUGCUGCAAAUGGCAGACAUUGUAUUGGUGUCGAACAGGAUUGACCUGUAUACUGCUUUCUUGAAAUGAGCAUGCCAUGCAAGCAUUGUGUUAUUACCAUGAUUUUCAGUCACAGUACUGAUGACUGGAAGCAAUGCAAACUGGGAACAAGUGUAUUCCAAAAAUGUACCUAACAAAUGUAUAAAAUACGUGUGCACAGUGUUCCCCUUAAACCUACUUAUGUUUGGUAUCCGAAGUUACCUUUUUUAGGUUUAAGGAGAAGAUAAAUGAUUAGAAAUGGAAGUCAUGGAUUCUAAUGCACAGUGGUGGCCAAAAGUUUUGAGACUAUAGUGAAAUUCAGCAUUUUAAUGAUAUACUCAUAUUUUUACAUAAUGACAAUCAAAAAUAAAAAAUAGUUAUUUGCUAUUUUAUGCAAUGAAAUUGCUAUACAACAAUCAGUAUAUUGUAUGAAGGCAUUUUAUUUUACAAAGCCCUUUGGAUCCAGCUAGGCAUAGAGAAAGAUGGCUGCAGUACUCUGCGGUCACUUGCUCAAUCCAUGCCUGCUUGAUUGCUUGUUAAAGACCAUGUACAGAAAUUCGCCACAGUUCGCAAGCCACUUGAGAACUCCCAAGUUUAGGCUAUUUUUGUGCAGAGGUGGACACACCAGCUUCAGAAAAUCAAAGUCCUUACUCAUAUUUGUUCCCUCCAUUAACUAAACUAACUGAUUCUAAUUAUCACAACUCUUCUGCCAACUAAUUAGCUCGAACUAAUCAGUGAUAUCACCUAUUUCAUGCAUAAGGAGAACUAUAAUACAUGGCAUAUGUUUUGGCCACCACUGUAGAUCCAGUUCUGACUUAAUUUUAUUGGACUUUCUGCGCUAUUUCACCAUUUUUACAUCUUGAAUAAAUCAUAUUAUCCAGACACACAAGAGAAAUAAUAGUUUGUUUGUUCUAGUUUGGGUGGUUGAAAAUAGUGAUGGGAAAUAAUUAAUUAUUAGAAACCAAAACUUUGCCUUUGUAUUGUCUGCAUAAUUUAAAUGCAUCCAAAUUUGACUGCUUUUCCUGCUGUCACUCAUUUUCACACCUUUUCCAGUGGCUCGUCUCCCUCCUCUCUGUCCAUCUUUGUAUGUGCUGUAUCUGUAACCCCACCCCUCCCCUAUUACUUAGUGUAGACCCACAAACACCAUCGCACUUCAUGACAUGUAUUUGACCAAUCAUGCAUGGCUUGUACAGAAAAAAGAAGAGGAAAAAAAACAGGCAGGAGCCAGCUCUGGAUGUUUAUUCCAAGAGCCAGCUUUAAGAGCCGUAUCAUUCGCGACUGACACAUCACUAGUUGAAAAUUAUGUUUAACAGUGUUGGUGCAAAUACUGUAUGUAAAGUUUUGAGUAUGCAUUUUUGCUAUUUAUUUUUUUUCUUUUUAUUUGUAAUAUCUAUUUCUUGCUAUUUGUUUAUAAGUAGAACUAAGAACAACAUAUUUUUUUAUUUACCAAAUGAAAUGUGAAGUCUGAAAACACACACCUGUCAAAUGCAUACAGUAGUUAGCUAUAAAACCAACAGAGCAGAAUGUCUGUCUUGUUCAGGACUCAAGCUUGACUUAAUGACACUUUACACUGAAGUGUUAUUACUAUCAUUGAUAACACUAUCAAAGCCAUGCUUUCUGAUUUUUUUCUAAAUUAGUGUGAAUGUAACGAACAGGUGUGCAUUGAAAAUGCAAUGAACAAACUUGUUACAAAUAAAAAUAUCUAAAAGAUAAUAUACUUGUGCUACCCUUUAACUAUUUGUUAGAUGUCAUGCAAAUUUGCUUUUAAAACUGACUUCACAGACAUUUAACCUCCUUUGAACAAACCCAUUACCAUUAGCCCUUAUUAUCCACUUGAAUAAAAUAAUAAAUAAACAAAGCAUAUUUCCAUGCUUGUUAGAGCAGAUUACAUUGCUUGUUAACUUGACUGCAAAUGUAGUUAUUAGUAAAAUGUAUGUACUGGUCAAAGUUUGAGUGAUGGACAGGUGUGUGUGUGUGUGUGUGUGUGUGUGCAAUCAAUGCACCCAAAAUGUUUUAAAUGUGAUAUGCAGAAUGUUAAUGCAAUAUGCUAAUGGAACAGAUAAAAUGUUUAAAACUUUCAAAUGAGAUAUGAACAGGAGGCACACUGUUUAUUUGUUUGUUUGUUGCAUGGUUGGUUGGUAGGUUGGUUGGUUGAGUUGUGCCCAUGACUGGGAUCCUAGAGACACUAGUUGGUGUUUAAUUUCAUGCAGACACAACCAGGAAGCUUGUCAGAUAGUGUUCCCUUGAGCUAGUAACUUAUUUAUGUUUUUGGAAAAUAAAACCCACUAAAUUAACUAGAAAAAAGUACAAGUAAAAACUGCACAACUUAAAUUAAACACUGUCAAGCACAAAUUUCUAGUUGAGGUUUAUUAUGAAACUUAGCAAUAUAGAUAAUAUUGAGGAACUGACAGAGCCAGAUUUUACAGUUUUAUUAUGCUGACAGUGGUGCCAUUUCCUUGUUUUAGUUUUUUUUAAGUUUCCAGUGUAUAGGUAUCACAUUCAGCCUGUGACCACUUUUGGUUUAAAACCCAAAACAAUACAGAUAUUUGAAGUAUACAGAUGCAUACAGUGUUGUUCUUUUACACUUCUAAUCCAUAAAAAUCCUGUUUCCUAAAAAUUUACAAUUGGGAUGCGAUGGUGUGUUAUUUUCUCAUGGAACUCACAGUAUGUAGACUUUUUUGGUCCUUUGGGGAAUUGUUAGUUUUAUCGUCGUGUCACACAAUUACAUAAUCAUAGACACAGUUCAGACUGGCUGCUUGACACAAUAAAAUGGCUUUUUUGUACACAUGAAUGAGUGUGUGUAAUGGAAAGUUGUACAGUAGCAUUUUACUCUAAUGGGACAUGAUAUCUAAAGAAGAGUAUUUUCACUUUGUUGUAUUGCUCAAUGUAUACAAGUCUUGCUAACUGUGAGACUAUGUUUUUUCGAUCAAAUAGAUCCCAUUUUGUUUUUUGUUUGUUUUUUAACUAAAGGAAAGUACCAAUUUAUAUAAUGAAGUAUUAUUUGUCUUGAGCCUUUCUGUUUCCCCUGUCAUCAGA